AUGGUAAGAUGUUUUUUAAUGAUAUUUAUUCAAAUCCUGCAGUGUUAGGAGUGAUUAAUGUAUUUUUGUUGAUUUUCAGACUACCUAUACUGAUAAAGGUCCCAAGGUAUUACAUAAUAUUUUUAAAGUGCUUUUCAUACAUUAAUUAAAAUGUUAUUAUUAAAAAGUUCCUUUAAUUACUUAAUGCGUUGCGUUGUCGCUUUUCAGACUCUUUAAACUGGUGUGAUUUUGAACUGAUAUGUUUUACUGAGAGUAAAUUUGAAUUUAGAAGUCACGUCCAUAUGUCAAAUUGUCACGCAAAUUGACGUGUAGGGUGGGUAGGUGGGUCAAAACCAUCCCUGUGACAUUUUAAAAUAAACUUACCAUAAGCAGGGACAUUGCUAUUGUGUGUAGGGGAGGGUGUAACAUCCCACACAAACUUUUUACCUUGUAAAAAACCAUCUCACAAGCACUCAGUUUUUCCAUCGCAAAUGAUCAACAUUUCUUUUCUCCCAUAAGUUUCAAUACAUUUGAAGUUGAGCACCAUGUGUACAGCACCAUGUCAAACACUGAAACCUACAAACAUGCAUAACGUCUAGUUGUGAACUUCCCUUUUCUAGCCAGAUACUGGGCGAUUUCUGGCAUUUGAUCACGUCACACUUUGGGUUGGUAAUGCUAAACAGGUAAUGGACCUGUCUUUAUUGUUUUACUCUGUCUAAUGCCAAAUAUAAUUUUUCUCAUCAAGGGAAGAGUGCUAGUACUCAAUGGGUUAAUAGUUCUUUAUUAUUCCAGGCUGCAUCAUAUUACUGCACUCGUUGGGGAUUUGAGGUAAUCGGAUAUAAAGGCCUGGAAACUGGCUCAAGAGAGGUUGUGUCAUAUGCCUUACGUCUGGAUAAGGUAUGGAACUACAACUCGUACAAUUAAAUUAUCCCAGCCUGAAUCUAUAUUAACCUUCUUUUAAAAUGUCCUCUUCCCAUUUCAGAAGAGUUUCCCCUCCCCUUCUUCAUGAAUGUCCCCCACCCUAUGGUAAUAGGUGUUCUAGCUUCUCCCUUGAAGAAUGUCCUCCUGUCCACUAGGAAUCCCCACCCUCCAUGCUAUGCGAUGUUCUCUGCCCUUGAAGAAACACACCCUCCCCUAACCCCCUGCCUCCUUGCAAAUUCACCCACUGAUAUUCACCCCCUCUGACCCUCUCUUGAAGAAUCUUUAGGCGUAAAAAAAAAUACCUGUGGUUCCGGUUCCCGACCGACCCUAUUUUUUUCUGCCGACCCUAUUAUUUUUUCAAUGCGAUUGACCGUGCGACCCUAUUUUCUCCAGGUGGUUGCGGGCUGCUCAAUCAGCGUGCCAAAAUGGCAUCUGUUGUCACACUAAUUAUUGAACCAAAUUGCCUAAAUUCGUCCAUAGAAAAUACGCAUCCCUAGUUAAUAUUGAUGUCUGGACUCUACUGCAAAUCGCCCAGCAAAAAAACGCCAAAACCACACAGGGUUUUUUUUACGCCUUUUAUCUGCCAUAUCAAACUUGAUCAUCCAAUGUUAUGAUAAAAAGGAGCUUUGCUAAGCAUCAGUGUGUAUUAAUGAUCACCCAUGCCAACCAUCAUUGAUUCACCUUGUAUGGUCUUUUUUGGUAGAUUGUGUUUGUUGUACAGUCUCCAUUGAACCCAACAGGAACAACAUCAGAAA